GUCAAACCCAGUUACAGUACACUGCGCAGGCGCAGCUUGUAGGCUGCCUGUCAGUGCCAUAGCAACCAGAGCAGACAUCAACCAUCAACAUGGCCAAAGCAACGACUGUGAAAGAAGCACUGGCCAAAUGGGAGGAGAAGUCAGGGGAGAAAGUGAGCGAGACUAAAGCCAUAAAACUGUAUGGUCAGGUUCCACCCAUAGAGAAGAUGGAUGCCUCUCUCUCUACACUCACCAACUGCGAGAAGCUGUCUCUGUCCACAAACUGCAUUGAAAAAAUAACCAAUCUCAAUGGUCUGAAGAACUUGAGGAUCUUGUCAUUAGGGAGGAAUAAUAUAAAGGCCCUCAAUGGGCUGGAGGCAGUAGGGGACACAUUAGAAGAAUUGUGGAUCUCCUAUAACUUAAUAGAGAAACUGAAGGGAAUUCAGUCCAUGAAGAACCUGAGAGUCCUCUAUAUGUCCAACAACCUGGUCAAAGAAUGGGGAGAGUUUGUGAGGCUAGCUGAUCUGCCAUGCCUCGUAGACCUGGUGUUUGUUGGGAAUCCUCUGGAGGAGAAGCACUCAGCUGAGGGAACCUGGAUGGAUGAAGCCUGUAAAAGACUACCCAAUCUGAAGAAAUUAGAUGGGACCCCAGUCAUCAAACAGGAAGAGGAUGAAGGAGAUGGAGAGAGCUGAGAUGCAUAACUAUCUGCAAUACUACAAUCCCCUUCUAAGAGUCUUCCCUUUUUUAAGUUUUGUAUGGUUUGUCAUGGGGCUUUCUUUAUAUACAGUGAAUUUUACAACAGCAUGGACUUUGCUGUAGAUGGACAAGCACAUGAUACACAGACGUGUAUAUUUUAAAGUUAGAAAAGUCUGUUAAAUUGUCAACACUGGAGUGGGCUCGGGACCAGAAGAGGUUUUGAUGAGACUUCGUAAGUGGAAAUAGAUGAUAAACACAUUUCCUAAUGCUGCAGCAUGUUGAUUUUUUACUGUCAAACUAUGAAAGAUAUUGAUACUAAUAUUAUUGUUCUUAUUAACUGAAUUGUAAAUGUGGGAACUGGUGGUACAGUACUAUUUGUGGGCCAAAAACACUUACAAAUUUGCAAAGUGUUUUCUAAAUUUAUAUGCCUCUCUACGCUUCAAGAACUAAAGCACAGUGUUGCACACACACUAGUGAGCAGGGGCAUUUGUGUGGACCAGACCUCUCCCACUAUCCUCACCAUGGAGAGACGGCCAAGUAGAGCUAAAUAUUAGCCUGAUUAUGUUUCAUUUACAUUACACUGUGAAACAAUUAAUGGUUAGAAAAUGUUGCUUGGACUGAUACAUUUUAGAGUCAAUCACAAAUGAAAAAUCCAGCAAAUAGUUGCAUCCUGCCAUGGUACUUAGACAGCACACCGUUCUUCCUAGUUGUUAUCAACAUUUAGGAAUAUGUUGAAAUCAGGGUCUAUCACCAUACUCUGACUUCUCAGGUAGUAAGCAGUAGUAGCAUUAAAAAAAGGAGGAGGUUAGUAUUUCCUAUCCUUAAUAUGGAACAUGAAGGGACCAUCUCUAUCUCCAGCUACACCACAGCAGCCUUUGGGCAGGACUGAAGAGUUAACAGAGCUGAGAGUGAAAACUUACAUGACCAGAAUACAUCCACAGCUCGGUCUGACACUGUGUUUCAUGUCAUGUAAUAGAAUUUCUAAAUUUCUUUUUAAAAGGCACAAACUAAUCUACUGUAUUUUACUGUCAGUUUUAGGUUCAUUUUGGAUCCAUAGAUUCCACAUUGUUCUUGUUCUUGAAGAUGUGAUACCAAGGUUAAUGCAUGUACAGUAGUAUGUCCUCUUUGAUGACAUCACAUAUUUUCUGUGUAAAAAUGAUUUUGUGUUUUAAAUUAUUUUAGGCAUGU